CAGUUCCAGAUGUCAACAUGCCAACAGCUAUGCAUAAAUCAUGCAUAAGAAGUAUUUAGAUCUAUCAAACAGACCCUUAAUGCACGAACGUUCUGAGAAAAAUGACAAAAUCUAACAUAUAAACAGAUUAUUAGUGUAAAUCUACUAAAAGUUAUUUGAAAUCUACAAAUCAUCUAACAUUGUUUUAAAUUUAGCGAACAUUAAGUUCACAGGCUAACAGUGAAGAAUGUGUAUCUAAAAACUAAGUUAAAAUAGAUAAACACUGAGUUAAGAAUACCUAACAUUGUGUGAAAACAAGAACACAAUAUGAAUGAAAUCUAUCUGAACCUGCAUAAUAGGAGUCCAAAACAUCAAGCAAUGAACACAUUGGAUGUGCAAGUAAAAAAGAUGAGAAGAAAUGGAAACUAUGGAUUUUCGGGUCCUUCUGUCAGCAGAUUUUCCUUCAGAUCUUCAGAUCCGUUCUCAUCUUCAUCAUCCCCAGUCCGGUCAUCUAUAUCAUCUUCGUCUACUGAAUCUCAUCCCUCAACUCAAUCUAGUCUUCUGUCUUUAUCCCAAGCAAAACCUCUUUCAGUCUCCUUGUCACUAAAAGCAUCACUAUCCUCCCCAGCAUCCUCUUCAGGAGUAUCCUCAGACCACUCUUCUGGAUCAUCUGGAUCUUCAGGUUUCACAAGCUCAAGGCUCAACAGAUCAUUUGAAAUUAACGAUAAAUUAAGCAGAUAUGAUGGUAUUGGUUACACAGAGAGAAACGAUGGAAAGGAUACUAGUUCUGAUAUGAUUACUGUAAGCAAAGACAUUGUCAGUUCUACUGGUGGUUACCGUACUUUAGACAGAACUAGUUCCAACAAAAAGGUUACCUCAGAAACAGUCAAUUUAUCUACCAGCAUUGUCAUAUCUGAAGAUGAUUGUUCUAUGCGCAAAAUCUGCACACUAGACAGAGGAAGCUCUUCUAGGAGAGACGCUGCCACAGAAGAACUUGUCAUCACUGAAGGCAGCAGUUCUUCUGGCACUGUCAGUACCCUCGACAGAGGUAGUUCUAAGGAUAAAGAUGUUUCCUCCGAAAAAGACAAAUUUGAUGGAAGUUUUGACAUCAGAGACAGGGUCAGUUUAAACAAUGGUAUUAAUACCUUAGAUCGAGACAGUUCUAGCGUGCAUAAAGAAGCUAACAAUGAAGACAUUGCUGAUACUUCUGUAAAAGUUUCCAACCCAGACACUACUGACACAAAAGACAAUGGUAAUUCAGCCAGACAACGCAGUUGUUCAUUCUCUCAAUCCAGACCUUUUCCAGAAGGAAGAAGUCGGAGAAAACUGUCAAACUUCUCAUUCAGGAUUCGUUCUUCAUCUGUUUCCUCCUUCUCCUCCUCCUCCUCCCAGGAGUCAGGGCAGGGGUCGGAGGAGUUCUGGAAUCAAUAUCGGAGGCAACCAAAUCCCUCUCUCAUAUCCAGAAUUGUAAGAAAAGCGAUUCAAAGACAUUCAUCAAGUGCUGGCAAAACAGUGUUCACCACUAAAUAUCCUGCUAAAGAUGCAAACCUAACUUCCACCACGAACACGGAUACAGGGUGGAACAAGCAUAAAGACCUUGUGAAAAUACCUACAGGGUGUUCCUGGAUAAACCCGCACAGCCAGACCGGGCCUGGUCGAAGGCUCAGUGAGCUUGGGAGUAGAAAAGAAUGGAUAAAAAACUAUGAAUUGUCAACGGAGAAAAUGAACCAAGUCAGUCUUAAGAUCAAAUGUAGUUAAACUACCUGAAUUUGGUGAUUUGAAACAUUGUGUUAAAAAUACUUUUAAAUAAAAGAAGUUUAAGGUUAA